AUGAUGGGAAUAAACAAAUCCUCUGAGCAACAAGAAAAUGGCGAUGAUUAUAACAUGUCAUGUUACGUUGCCUGGGUUAGAAGCAUUUUUAACUCGGACGUUUCUAUAAACACUAAUUUGUUACAUAUAGAAGCUGAGAGGGAGAACAAAAAAAAGCGAAAAAUAAGCGAAGAAAAAGGAAAAGUAGAAAAUAAAGAACAAGAAUGUAAAGAAGAAGAUAAAGAAGAAGAACAACAACAAAAGGAAGAAAAAGGAGGAUGUAUUAAAAAGAGAAAUAAAAAAAGACUAAGAUGUGAGGAGAAUGAAGAAAAAAAGAGGAAAAUUUUGUCUGAAGAAAGGAUGGUAACGUUUCUUAGCAGCCCUUUGGUGGCCGAAAAAAGGAAGAGUGAUAUUAAAGACGAGAAUGAUAAUGAGUCAAAUAUAUUUUGCUAUUCUGAUGAUAAAAAGAGUUUUUAUAAUAAUAAUAGUAUUAAUAGUAAUAGUAAUAAUAAUAUUAAUAAUAAUAUUGUUAGUAAUCAAAAUUUGAAAAAAAUAGAAUUGUUCAAAAAUGGCAGUUCUUCCUCGUGUGAAAUAUCAGAAAUAGAAAAUGAAAAGGAAUUGUGUGAAGAUAUGGUGGAAGAAGGUAAAAAUGGAGUAGUAAGAAAGGCUAAAAAUAAUGUAAAGGAAAAUAAUGAAAAAGUAUUUGGUAGUUAUUGUCAUAUUAAUAUUAAAGUUCCAGAGGAUACGAAGAAAGAUAUAACACGAAAGGAUAAGCUGAACAUGGUUGGCUAUGAUAUAUUAAAUUGUUUUAUGAUAUCCUCGUCUGAUGAAGAAGAAAAUGAUGAUUAUGAUGAUGAUGGUAUUGAUCGUCAUAUGAAUAGUGACAAGAGUGACCAAAUAUAUGAUGAUAACCAUACACAGUCGAAAAGCGUUGAGUUCAUUUAUAUUCCCUUUAAUUACGAAAAUUUAAAAAAAAAAAUAAAAUUAAUGAGGGAUAUAGAUAUAGAAUUUUACAACAUUCAAGAAAAAUCGAAAGAAAGGGGCAAGGAAAUAAUAUCUAGUGGUGGAAUCUUAGUUGCAAACAGCAAUGGAAAUAAGAGCUCACUUUAUGAUGUUACAAAUGGUGCAGUUAUAAGCAGUAAUAAUAUUUACAAUUCGAAUAAUAAUAUGAAGGAUGGAGAUGAUAAUAAUAAUAAUGAUAAAAAUAAUAGUAAUGAUAAUAAUAAUAAUAGAAACAAUAAUAAUAUUAAUAAUAACAACAAUAUUAAUUAUAAUAAUAACAACAAUAUUAAUUAUAAUAAUAAUAAUAAUAACGAGACAGUUUUAAAAAGGAAUGAAAAAAUAAAUAGGCAAGAAGUUUUCCCCCCAAAAAAUGAUACCCAUGAUUUUUGUUUUUGGAAUGUUGAAAAUGACACCUACAUAACAAGACCACUAUAUGCGCAACAUCUAAACAAAAAACAUUUUACAUUAUUAGAUGAGUCGGAAGAAAUGAUUAAAAACUAUUCUUCAAAUCAGUAUUCAAUUAAAUUUGUGCCAAGACAUUUGCUUUAUGUAGUUAGUCAGGUAGCAUCAAGGACAUUCUUUGAUCCUAUAUACAGGAAACAGUUGCUUUUCCAUUUCUAG